GAAGUACUGACCGCGUCGGCACGGGGAUCCCAGCAUUAGCAAGGGUCAGGCCACGCUAGCCCCGCAUUCCAAAAACGCACGGAGAAGCCGAGUCUCUUCGUUAGUGUCCGUCUGUCAUCUUUGUGCCUCGGCUCCCGCUCUCCAGCCUACAUGAUGAUACCUAUUUGUACCUAUGUGUACAAUACAGACAGGGUUUGACUGCUGGCCACGACAUCUGUGGCUCUUGUUUCAACUCAAAACAUCGAGAUGUGAUAACGCCAUACCUGCUCUCACUCGGUCACUCGGUUUUCUGGUCUACAAAGCGUGCAUCAUCAUCAAGCGUGUACACGGCGUUGCUGGAGUGUCUUAUUUGCCACAAUUCUCACACGUAUGAGCGAGGCGGUGCCAUACGGACAACAUGGCAGGACGUGUGAGACAUCCGAUUGACGUCAAGGCGCUGGAAAAAUACCUGGCUCGACAUGUCCCCGAGAUCAAGGCGCCGUUGGAUGUGAAACAAUUCGGCUUUGGGCAGUCGAACCCGACAUAUCAAUUGACCUCGGCGGACAACAAGAAAUAUGUAAUGCGCAAGAAGCCUCCGGGAAAGCUGCUGUCAAAGGCUGCCCACAAGGUCGAGCGCGAACACCGCAUCAUCGCCGCGCUUGGUCCUACAGACGUACCCGUACCUAGAGCGUACUGUCUCUGCGAGGAUGAAACAGUGAUAGGCACACCAUUUUAUGUCAUGGAAUUCCUAGACGGCCGCAUCUUCGAGGACCUAUCCGUGCCUAAUGUCUCGGCCGAAGAGCGGACAAGUCUGUGGCGUGCUGCAGUCCAGACAUUGGCCAAGUUCCAUAAUGUAGACUUCCGAAAUCACGGACUGGAGUCUUACGGCAAGAGUGAGGGCUUCUACGACCGCCAGCUAGCGACGUGGAAGCAGAUAUGUACCGCUCAAUCAAAGGCUGUUGACGUUGACACUAAAGAGCCCGUAGGCCAGCUUCCACACUUUGAUGAGAUGCUGCAGUUCUUCGCAGACAAGAGCCACCAGCCGCAACAACGUGCAACGCUGGUCCACGGCGACUUCAAACUCGACAACUUGGUCUUCCAUAAGACAGAACCGCGGGUCAUCGGGAUCCUAGACUGGGAAAUGAGCACUGUUGGCCAUCCGCUGUCGGAUCUCGCAAACCUUCUCACGCCGUAUUAUACGCAGGAUGCAGCUGGUUCAUACAAUCGCACAGCAGAUGCGUUCCGGCCUGGAGCGACGCCUGGUCUUCCUACACCUGAUGUGAUCCUAAUGUGGUAUAAAGAGACUGCGGGAUGGGACCCUCGGCCCGAAAUGCACUGGGCUUUAGCAUUUGGUGUUUUCCGGAACUCGGCCAUUUGUCAGGGAAUCGCCGCACGAUAUGCGACACGGCAGGCGAGCAGCGCCGAAGCCCAAGCGUAUGCUCAGUCAUUCAAACCUCUGGGAGAGAUUGCGUGGUCUCUAGUAGAGAAAGAGAAAGAGAAGCACAAGAAACUGGGUGCUAUUGCGAAGUUAUAAGCGAUCAAGUAGAAGGAACCUAUUACCAGUAAGAUCUAUUCAUUUUACGGCUCAGUCUGUACUACUAGUACAUUGCGGCCUGGUUGUUGUC